AUGCUCCAGCGACUGGGCGGCCGAUUGGGCGAGUGCUGGCGCAAACCACAGAGCCCUCCCCCCGCCCGCAGAGAAGGCCCCGAGCUGCUGCCCCGGUGCCGCCUUCUCCCUCGCCGCCCCUCACCUCGGAGAGCGAAGCCCGAGCGACUCCGGGGCCGAGAGCCACGCGCCCGCCCUGCGCAGGCGCCCGCGGGCGCGCCGGAGGGCACCGUGGGCAGGCUGGAGGGCGCCGCCAUCGCGCAGCUCGACUUCAGAAACUGGCAGAUCAGCCUCGGCGUGGCCUCCGUCGUCGGCGCCCGACUGUCCGAGCUGCUGGUCGGCGUGGAGGUGGAGGCUACCGUCCUGAGGGUCACGCGCUUCGGCGUCUUCUGCUACGUGGGCGCAGAGCAGGACGCGCUUCUGCCCACGAGCCAGAUGUCCAGGCAACCCUCGGAGUACGUGAUAGGCGAGAAGCUGGAAGGAAUGAGGAUCACCGAGAUCGACCAGGUGCUCGGGCGGCUGUCGCUGUCCGACCGCCUGCUGGUCUCGGAGUUCUCCCUGGGCCAGCGGGUCUCGGGCCGCGUGACGAGGACAGAGAAGCACGGCGUGUACCUGAACAUCGGGGCCUGCGUCGAGGCGUACGUGCCGAAGCGCCGUCUUGUGAAGAAGAUCGGGUUAUACAAGAAGGGGGACCUCCUCACGGAGCUGGAGAUCGUAGACCUCGACGUUGACAAGAACAGGAUCACCGUCGAGCAGAAGAGCUCUGCUGUUGCAGCCAUCGAAGACCUCAUAUUUCGUGACCUUGAGGAAGUGUGA